GUCACGUGUGUACACACUGUAGGGCUCAGCAGCACUUCAGCAGUAGUAAAGUCUGCAACGGACAGCCCCUUUUCAGAACAAGCCUCGUACGAAAAGUUGAUAGAUGAGUUCUCCACCGUAACGCAGUUAAACCGUUUCUUUUUGCUGUUUUCUUCACCGAAGCGAUUAUACUACGUGUGUUGAUGAAAUGAAACGACUGAGAAAUGCCACUGAAAAUGCUACAUCCAAACCCAAUGCCUCCGUAGGUUUGUCACCCAGCCAAAUCUAUACGUUUCUGUCGACCUGUUGAGAGACUGGACCUGUGUCAGAGCCCAGCGAUGUGGCUCUGCAUGGUUUACAAUGAGACGGACACCAGCGUGGACUUCCGGCUCUGCCAGGACUUUGGCCUCAUCCUGUCAGUCUUCUCCAUCAUCUACCUCCUGGUGUGCUUCCCGUUGGGGCUGUGCUACAACGUGCUGCUGGUCGUGGUCAACCUCUCUAACAAGGUGUCUAUGACCAUGCCGGAUGUUUAUUUCGUCAACAUGGCCAUUGCGGGCCUUGUGCUCAACCUGGUGGCGCCCGUGGAGCUGCUGAGCUCCACCUUCACCCGCUGGCACGUGUGGGAGUACAACAAUGAGGUCUACAUCACCCUGAUCAUCCUUUUCAACAUCUCCUCUCUGGUCAUCAUGUAUUCCACCACGCUGCUCAGUCUGGACUACUAUAUAGAGCGGGCGCUGCCUCGUACAUACAUGUCCAGUGUGUAUAACACCAAACACGUGUGUGGGUUUAUCUGGGGCGGCGCGGUGCUCACUAGCUUCUCUUCGCUGCUCUUCUAUGUGUGCAACCACAUCUCCACUAAGAUGGUUGAGUGCUCCAAAAUGCAGAACAAGGAGGCAGCAGACGCCAUCAUGAUGUUCAUCGGCUACGUGGUUCCAGCUGUGGCUGUUCUUUAUGCCUUUGUGCUCAUUUUGCGCAUUAGGAAGGAGUCUACACCUCUGGACCAGGACUCGGCUCGCUUGGACCCUUCUAUCCACAGACUGCUGCUCGCCUCAGUCUGUGUACAGUUUGUACUGUGGACCCCAUACUACAUGACCCUGUUGGUACACACUGUAGCUGGUGCACCAGGAUACAUUAGCAACGUACAUUACUUACCUACAUAUUAUUUCUUGAGAUGUGUGUCUAAACUGCUGGCUUUCUCAAGCAGCUUUGCGAUGCCUCUCAUGUAUAGGCAGAUGAACAAAAACUUCUCCAAAAAGCUUCAGCGGCUGCUCAGGAGGCUGCACUGCAGAGACCAGUCCUGCCCUAAUGAACGCUCAACAGUGCAGCAAGUGGUGACGUGAGAUCUCCCCGUUGGGAGAUUACGCCCCUCCCACUCCUUCUUUUCAACCUCUACGUAGCCGGCACUUAUCCCCCCCCCUACCCCCCACCACCUACAGAGCCAGUAUCUGAGUGGGCUCCCUCGCUGCUCUGGACUGUGUUAAGAGCGACGUAGCUAACUGUGGAAUUUCCUGUCACCUUCCAGAAUUUGAUCUGAUCUUUCCAGUUCUGCAGUGAGAGGACACGCCAAGCAAAAACCACUAAGUGCUGUUAUUUUUUGUCACUGAGUGAAACUCUCCCCUAAGACACUUCAGCUUCUAGUUCGAGGGCGGUAAAUAGGCACUAUCAGCAGAUAACUACCCAGCGGCCAGCACAGUGUUUUCUCUGAGUUUCACACAGACAGUCAUGCAAUAUCCUGUUAGCAAGGAACUCCCAAGCACUAUACCAUUGCAGUGGGUGCAACUUCUCUGGUCAAGGUGUGUUAUGAAUUGUCUGCAGUGUGCAAGUUUGACCUAUGCAUGACCACCUACAUUUCACUGUUGAGUCACAAUAUGUUACUAGAUACUAUUUAAGUCAACAAAAAUAAUUACUAAAUGAUGCAUGAUGCGUUCUCCUAUCAGACAAGCAGAAGCAGUAAUCUACACACUUUAAUUAUUACAUGAAGCCAAGUUAUUUUGUUUCUUCAAAAAAACUCUACAACCAGGCAUUAUUGGAUGGUGGCUGGCAUAUCAGCAACCCACCAGAGCUAAUCAACUUGCAUUGUGUGUCAACAUUGCAAACGUGUUGCGCUGCCAGCGAACAUCAGUGUUUACUGCCCUCAAACUAGAGGCCUCGAUCACUUGAGAAGUCAGUUCUACCUUUCCAGAGCUGAAUUUUGCUUUCACUUAAACGUACUCACGAUCAGAGUAAAUAAUCCUCACAUUUAAAAGUUAGAGUACAUAUUAAUGGUCUCUUAAUUUCAAAAGCUGUUUUCUUUCUUAACACUACCUUGUAGCUAGACGUACUUGUAUGAAGAGAUGUUCUCAAUUCACGUUUAUUAAUUGAGUUCUGAGGUUUUGACACUUUUAUUCUUGCUAGUCAAGCUCCACAACAAAUAUCAUAGAAUAAAUUAAUAUACUGUACAUCCACACCACUUUAACGUCAUACAGAACUACAUGAAAUGCUUAUAUAAAGCUUAUAUUCAGGGUUCAGACAUAACCGGUAUACCUCUUGUGAUCUCUACUGAAAUCACAUUAUCUGUUAACCAUAAGCAGUUCAAAUCCACUCAUUAAAAAUCAGCUCAUUAAUUUGAGCCUCAGCCCAGUAUGUGACUUGUUCAGGAAUUAUGCUCACAUAAAGUCAGUGAAGGGCCCUGAGGAGGUGGCAUGUACAUUCUCUUAAUUGUAUGAUUUUUCCCAUUGGAAAUUUGAAGCCUGACUUGGUUGCUCUAGAGGCACUAUCAAAACCUUCACAAAUUAUAAAUGACUCGCCUGUCGAGCACCUGCAAACCGCGUGUUUGACACAGAUUUUGAACAGUAAUGCUGCUCCGAUCCAGUAAGGUAGUCUGCACAUCAUUGGUAAAGCUGCUUUGCUUUCUUGGCUGCCACUUACUAAUACUUUAAGUGAACAGACUAAUAGUGAUGAACCCAAGUUAUAAAAUGAAAAAUAUAUUUUUUUUAAACUUGUUUUUUGCACGAGGUCUGUUGCAUCACUGCAGUAGUUUAGUUUUUGUAUUUGCUUUCUGAAUUGGAGGGCCAGUUUAUCAAUCAUCCUGUGAACAGAUACACCAGCAGGGUGGGGCAUUCACUUGUAGAGAAAUGGAAGAUGGGCACACCGUUAUAGUCCACCUCCAGACAUCAAUAAAUCCUAAUCACUUAUAUCUGUAGACAGUUUUAAUUUACACCUUCAAAUAAACAAUUCUGCGAUGUGCCUUGACACAAGAUGUGAGCUACAUUCACCAGUGUGCUUGGCUUUUUAGUGUAAAAUGUAAAGGAUUGCCAGAUCUACUGACUCAGAUUUGAUGCCUUUUUAUACAUAUAUGAAGUUAUUAUUAAACCUCUCGUGACUAUGGAUAUUUUUACAUACAAAUGAGGUAUGAAACAGUGUCCAAAAUUUUAAUGUUGGCUGCAUAGCCCCACCCUUAUGUGUAUCUACAAUCAAUCAGUGAAAAGUACUGUUUAUUUUCAACUGAGGCUGUGUUUACAUUAUGUGCUACAGUAUAUGCUGCCCCAUUAAAAAAAAACAAAUGUGUACGUAACGUGACACAGUUAAUCAUUAUGUGAACUCAGUUCAAAGUCCUAAUGCUAAAGCAAACAGUAGUACAUGGUCAGAUGAUAAGCGGUUUGAAUCAAAGCUUGUGACCUUCUGAUGGAGGAAAUUUAAGCAGCAUUUGUUAAGGUGGUGUCCAUUUUUAGACUCAAAUUGGUGCACUAUAUACUGUUGGACAAAACUCAAACUAUUAUUUAAUCAAUAGGUCCAACAGUGGCACUUGGAUUAUAGUGAAUAGAAUUGAAUGUUUCCCAGUUUUCUGAUAAAAUUUCUAUUUGGAUGUAGUAAACAUCCAAUUAGAAACAUAAUCAGAAAAAGGCACUCGACAAAACUCAAAACUUUUUUUUUUUUUUUUUUUUUUUUUUUUAUUUCAGUCUGACUCUGAAUUUGAAUUAAACUACAAAAAGUGAAUUGCAACUGUGCCGAUUUUUGGAGAAUAGCUAAAUAAGAGUUAUGACCAUCUAACUUUGCCAUGUCGCUGCAGCGCCACCUGUAGGGAAAAUCAGGUGCCAUCAGGUUUUGCAAGAUUGCUUGGAGUUGAUAGUGCAUGUGCCAUCUAAAUGUGGUUGCAAUCACACAAAUGGCCUCACUUUUAACACCAAAAUCCAAUUAGUUUUCCUACACGUUUUGCAGCUGAAAUAUCUUGCUAAGUACUGUAAGACACAGGACCUAAAACCAACUCCUUGGCAGAGGUAAUAAUUAGCAAUCACCACAAAUGGACUGACUGCACGAUGCACACAACUGGCAAAAAAAAGAUUGAUUAAAAGAAAAUUGUGCUCAAAAUCACAACCAACUCAGAUUACUGCUCAGGUCUGAGUUUGGUUUAUUAUUUCAGAGGGGCCAUAAUCUCACAUCAGUGUGAAGACAUUUGAGCAAGAAUCACUGAGUUCAGUUGAAUUGCUGAAGCAGACCAGGUGUAAAAACACCCUCAAAGUUCUCGUGUCUCGAAUGUAUGCAGAUGCAUUUUAGCUAUUUGAACAACAAAACCUCAAAAGUCCAGAUGAAUCCACUUUCAGAUGUGAUGCUUUUGUGACUGUGUAUGCAAGUGUAUGUAUAAUACAAAAUAAUGUGUAUAUACUGUAUUGUAUGUGAGAGAUUUACAGGAAGAUACCUUGCUCUUUCAAAAACCCAGUAUUAUUUUCUGAGAGAUAUAUUUAGAUUCUGUAAGUAAUCUACUCUAUUGUCAACUGAGUCAAAGACUGAUUAAACAAUAAACUAACAUGGAUAUUA